AUGAAUGGCUCCACUGUAACUGAGUUCAUCUUCCUGGGUAUCUCCUGCUCCCAUUCCAUCCGACUCCUUCUCUUCGUCCCAAUGUUGGUCUGCUAUACUACCAUUAUGUCUGGCAACCUUCUCAUUGUGGUAACUGUGACCACAGAGCCCCGCCUCCAUCAGUCCCCCAUGUACUUUUUCCUGGCCAGUUUGUCCAUCAUCGAUGCUGCCUUGGGGUGUGUGGCUACCCCGAAGAUGAUGGCCGUCCUGGUGACUUGUGGCAGGACCAUUUCAUUUGGGGGCUGCAUGGCCCAGUUCUUCUUCCUCCACUUUUUUGGCGGUUCAGAGAUGCUGCUCCUCACGCUCAUGGCUUAUGAUCGCUACGUGGCCAUCUGCCAACCACUGACUUACAGGGUCACCAUGAACCGGCCACGCUGCGUCAGGCUACUUGUUUCGUGCUGGGUUGGAGGCUUCAUCCACUCUGCAACCCAACUGGUUCUGAUCCUACGGCUUCCAUUUUGUGGGCCAAAUGAGCUGGACAGUUUCUACUGUGAUGUCUUGUUCGCGCACCCCGAAGAAGAUGGCCGGCCUCGUGACCUGUGGCAGGACCGUUUCAUUUGGGGGCUGCAUGGCCCAGUUCUUCUUCCUCCACUUUUUGGGUGGUUCAGAGAUGCUGCUUCUCACACUCAUGGCUUACCACUGACUUACAGGGUCGCCAUGAACCGGCCACGCUGCGUCAGGCUACUUGUUUCGUGCUGGGUCGGAGGCUUCAUCCAUUCUGCAACCCAACUGGUUCUGAUCCUCCGGCUUCCAUUUUGUGGCCCAAAUGAGCUGGACAGUUUCUACUGUGACGUCCCACAGCUGGUCAGGCUCGCUUGUGCCAAUGCCUAUGUCACAGAGCUCCUCAUGGUGGCCAACAGUGGCCUCCUCUCCCUGGUCUCCUUCCUCAUCUUGCUUGUCUCCUAUGGCGUCAUCAUAGCAACUCUUAAGGGCCAUUUCAAGGAAAGGGGAGGGAAGGCCCUGUCCACCUGCGGCUCACACUUGAUGGUGGUCAGCCUGAUUUUUGUACCCUGCCUCUUUGUGUAUCUCAUACCAUUCUCCAGCUCCAGGGUGGACAAGAUGGCUUCCAUAUUCUACACAGUGGUCACGCCCGCCCUCAAUCCUAUCAUAUAUACACUAAGGAAUCAUGAAAUGAAGGAGGCUAUGGGGCGGUUGAGGAACAAGUGCAUUUUCUCUCAUUCUUGUGUGAAGAGCGAACAAAACUGA